AUGCAGGACUUUGAACAUAUUGGAGCUUACGACUAUGUCGCGGCGAUGAACGCAGUGCUACAUCAUUACGAGACACCCGAGAAAAGCGAUUGUGGGUCUGCGCAAACUAAGGCAUCCAUAAAACCAGACCAGACCCGAAGGCCAUUCCAAAGUGUUUUCGAGCAUGAGAUGGGCUUAAAAACAUCAAGCCCUGUCUUGUCUCAAGUAUUCUCCAACAGCAUGAUGAGCCAGACCUCCAUAGAUCCCGAUAACCUCAGCUCGAAAUUCCAAGUUCUGACAUUUGCAGACGAAGCUUCAGCCACCGAUUCCGACAAAUUGCUAUCCACCAUCGCCUCGGAGCCAUAUAUUAUGGAAGUCCUCGAGGUCUCAACACACUGGUGGAUCUCCUGGCGUGACCAAGCCUUUGCACUACAUGAAGUAUUUCUGAACGCCGAGUACCUGCCUGCACAUGUCAACACAGCACUUGCGAUGGACAGCAAUGUUGCUGGCGGCGCGAAAAGUAAACCUAUUCCAAUCUCCCUGCAAGAUUUUGUCCGUUCAAAGCUAGCACAGAAGGACAAUGCGAUCGCGAUUGCAACAGGGCUACUCGGCAUAGCCAUGUCGUUACAAGUACUUCGAUCUGGCAUAGACGAUACACCACUACAUCUCUCCUGUCCUCCAGGGGAGCUGAUGGAUCGGAUCGUUCUAGCGGUAGAUUCCGUGGUCUUGUCGUCCAGUGCGAAUUCAUCUUACAUGAACGAUCCGUCCAUCCUACUACUUCUGAUGGCACGAAGCAAGAUGUAUGCCGAAGGCAAUCAAGUGCACAAAUCCUUCCUGAUACUCCGCACAGCCAUUCAUGCCGCCAAGGCCAUGGGCUUCGUCGAUCCAAACACGAAACUACGGCCCAGCCAGAUAUUUCCUGGUGUACCAAAUGCAGAGGAAGGUGCAAAGACGUCCGCUGUGAGUACAGAAACAGGCGAAGAUGUCACACAACUCGUCGUUCGACAGAGGUUUCUAGGCUCGAUACUCGAGCUCGACCGCCUGAUGAGCAUGGUUCUUGGAUUUCCCUACUACAUGGACGAAAACUUCACCGAUCAACUAGCGUUUGCUGUCUUAAGAGAUGAGGCAGGGCUACAAGUAGACAGCAGCCAACCCAAUACAUCAAACAUCGAUAUCAAGAUGCGCGCAUUACGACGCAUCGUCGCAAUCAUAGCCGGAAAAACCAACGACCGAAACGUCCGAGCAAGCUCAGGGAUAGAUGACUCAGUCCUGCACGCUGAGACUAUGAAUCUACAAGCCUCACUCAUCGAAGCGGGCGCAACCAUGCCACCUGGUUGGUGGAACAUGGAAACCCACGUGGAAGCCAUUCCGAGCGACCCGUUCUUCGUCCACGAACACCUGAUGACCCAGCUCUGGUACUGGCAAACGCAAGCUUUCCUUCACCUCCUCUUUAUGCUCAAACCCAUGCCCUCCCACGAACACCUCGUAACGUCGACGGCAACCAAUAACACAAGCCCCAGCCCCGACAUGGGCACCAUCGACAUCUACCAAGAAAACCGAAUCCUGUGCUUCCAAGGAUGCCGCGGCGUCCUCCGGAUCUUCAAUCUUCUACGCGCAAACCCGACCAUGGCUGUGUACGUGUGCAACUGCGACGACUUCCAGGGCGUGCUGACAGGCUGCAUCCUGCUGGUUGGCCUGCUGAUGUGCAAGGCUAUGUGCCCCGGGGAAGUGCUGCGGGAUCGAAACAACCUCGUAGCUUGGCCGGGACAGGACGAAAUCACCGAGAGUCUUGCGCUGGUUGAGGAGACGAAGGACCUUUUCCGAUACCGCUCGCAGCGUCAGGGCGGCUUUAUCAGUAAGCAGGGCUUGAAGGUUCUGGUUGAGCUGGGGUCGUUCUUUGACGAUGAUGUUGCCGAUGACGCUGAUGACGGUGCUGGUCAUGAUUCUUUGGGUUUCGCAGAUACUCAUAUCGGAGUGGAGAAGGGAAUCCCGCAGGGCAAGCCCAGGCGGCGAGUCGUUAUCAUGCCGUAUUUCGGAACUAUCAACCUCGAGUUUGGUCCGUCAGCCAUACAGCCCAUUCGACCAUAUCUGGAUCCGGUGGUUGGAAUUGAGCAGUACACCGUCGACAACAUGUUACCAGCAUUUGACGGACCAAACAGCAUUGCAAAUCCACCGCUAAACCCUCCAGUCAGUUCGAAUGGCCAUUCAAUUCGAGACGGCGACAUGGCAUCCGCUGUCCGAGUGGAGCAGCUAAAACCAGACCAUGAGGCGUUCGCUGGCCCCGACUGUACGGAGUACUCUUACCCGGACAUAUGGCCUCACUCGUCCACGGAGGACUGGACGGACGUCAACACUGGCGAAGGCGAAAUGGAUGCCAACUUUUACAACGGUGUCGACGGCAAUAACAAUGGCCCUGGCCUCGCUUAUGCACCGUUCAGAAUCGACGGUCCAGAUGUGAAUCCAGGAUGGGAUCAAUUUCUGUUCGGCGACGAGCUCGGCAAGGACUGGAAUGUUGAGCUGCCGGAAUGGUAUGCCUUGGACGACGUAACGUGGAACGAGUAG